CCUUGCACAGCAGCAAGAGAUCCAGCAACGACAGCAACAACGCCUUCAGGAAGAAGCAGACCUGCAGAAACAGCAAGCGCAAGAGGCACACGCGUAUCGUGCUCAACAAGCAAGUCUCGAGGCAGACUAUGCGAAACGCCGUCGUUUGGCGUACUAUCUCUAUACGGAAACGGAACCCGUCUUACGCUACUUGCCAAAGAUGCUCUCGGAUGAGCAGCAAGAGAUCAUCGCAAAACAGGUGGACCAGGUGGAGCAGGAACGAGCAGAUGCAUUGAGCGCAUUCGAGCUGCGUUGGCAAGCGCAGCACAUCUUGUCACCACAGCUGCAAGCAAAGGAAGCACCGUCUGCUGUGGAUGUGCCAUUGCAGGUGCCAAAGGCUGAUUUGUGACUGUGUGUUGUGAUGUCAGCACGUACAAGUCGUCGACGUCUCGAUACUCUACAUCCAUGUCAAGUGCGCCGUCGCUGCUCAUCUUUGGCGGGGCUGGAUUCCUCGGUCAACGUGUGGCACAGUCUGCUAUUGCAAAAGGCUGGCAAGUCACUUCCAUCACCAGGUCAGGCGCACCGCCAGCUACAGGACAAGACUGGGAUAAAGUGCGGUGGGUGCGCGGGGAUGCAUUCGAGCCGGCGAGCUAUCAAGCAGAGAUUGCAAAAGCAAAUCACAUCAUCAGCACUAUUGGCAUUUUAGACUAUCGCGGAAUUCGCAAGCAAAAAUCGUGGCGCUAUCGUGUAGAUGCGAUAGGGUCGACUUUUUACGAUGCAGUCAAAGACACGACAACCUCAGACGCUCUCAACAUUUACGACCGACUGAAUCGCGACAGUCUCAAAGCAAUCGUUGAUCAAGUAUACAAUGGCAAAUCGGCAAAUUUACAAAGCUUCGCGUACGUCAGCGCAGCAGAUGGAUUCCCUGGUAUUCCAAAACGCUACAUAGAGAGCAAGCGCCAGGCAGAGCAAUACUUGCAGCAACAGUCAGCAUCGGCUCCCUGGCGAACCAUCAUCUACCGACCUGGCUUUAUGUAUGCAGACUCGUCGCCGUUGUUGUCGACGCUUUCACGUGUCGUGGGCGUCACCUACGCACUCAACUCUUCUUUGGGCGUCAGCAACAAACUUGCAAGCCUAACGAACGGACGAUUAUCACUUGGUGCUGCUGGUGUCAAGCCAUUACCCGUGACGCGCGUUGCUGAUGCCUUGGUGGAAGGAUGCGCACUCGCCGAGGGGACCUUAGAUGUCUACAAGAUUGAAGCCUUGGCGGAUGUUCGCUGGCGUAAUGACAUGAUCAAGUAGCUAAUCCAACGAUUGAGCACUCUGUAUACUACUCCGUGACGUCUUUCGCCGAAACAAGGGCCGCUUGACGGCUUGCUGUGGAGUCACCGUCUCACCCACCAUGACGAGCUCUUUCCCUCCACCAGGAACACUCCGCCACUCUCGUUUCGGCAAAGACACGGGCUUCUCGCGCUCUCUUGCAAACUUUUCUGAGAUGCUCGUUGUGCUUCCUGUAUCACUGCCGUUCAAUAAGCCCGUUCGUGCUUUUGAUGGCGAAAAAAGAACCUUGCUUG